AUGGCGUUCCCGGAUAGAUUGAUGGAGCUGAUCGCCGAGGCCAGAUGCAACCCAGCGAGGCUGCCGGCGGCGCUGAUCUCGUGCGGCGUCGUCCUAGGCGCGGCGGCGCUCGCACUCACCAUCUUCAAGACGCCGGGAGGCAUCUUCCUCCGCCUCCACGGCAGUGCACCCGUGUACUCGUACUACGGCGUCCUCGUCGCCGUUGUGAUAUUUGGGCUCGCGGAGGCGUCCUUCGGCUUCUGGAUGGUGCCAAGGGACCCGGUCGGCUGGCACGCCGCCGGCAAGACGGCGCUGUGGAUUUCCCUCUUGCCUCUCGUCCUUGUGGCUGCCCUUGGAGGCCUCGCCUUCCUCAAGUAG